AUGCGUUUGUCAAGGAUCUCUCGUGCGGUGGCGUUUUGCCUGCUUCCUCUGUUAUUCGCAGCUGCAGUUUUGGCUGCGAAGAGUGGAGCGUCGGCUUCAGUGUCGCUGAACGAGAAAACGUUCGAUAAGCAGAUCAACGCGCACCGCAUAGCGUUGGUCAAGUUUAUUGCCCCAUGGUGUGGUCACUGCAAGCGAAUGAAGGAAGACUGGGACGCAGCUGCGGUGGAUUUGAGCGGACAGAAGGAUCUUUUGGUUGCAGAGGUCGACGCAACCGUGGAAACCAAGUUACGUGAUCGUUUCGAGAUUCGAGGGUUUCCGACCAUUAAACUAUUCGUGAACGGCAAGCCGGUUGCCGACUAUAACGGUGAACGCACCAAAGACGCGCUGGUCAACUUUGUUCGUCGGCAAAUGACACCUCCCGUCGUGGUUGUGAACAGUUCCGCACAAGUCUCCGCGUUGAAUGUGGAUAAAGAGCGGGCUCGGGUGGUUGCCUAUCUGCCAGAGACGCUCUCGGCAACAGAACGAGCAGCGCGGCUGACACAGCUCGAACAGGCAGCCCGAACUUUGCGCGAGCUCUUCCCAGACCUGAUGUUUUACCAAACGAGUGACGUGGAGGCUGCCCACGCGCUCGGUGCAGACGCGCAUCCAGCGCUCGCGAAGGAUACGGCUGCUAUCGUUGUGGCGCGGCCGCAUACCGAGUCCGAGUCCGUUCAGGAGCGCGUGCAUAUUAAGGCAUGGGAUGCACCAGGUGCGGCAGGCACUCGACAGGACAAAACAGAGGACACGACGGAGCCACUGCAGCAGUUCAUUCGGCUGCAUGCGGUGCCACUCGUUGGCGAGAUCUCCCAGGCAACUGCAGAGUUGUACCAGGAUAUCGGGAACCCGUUGUUUAUUAUGUUCGACGAUGCACCACACAAACCAGAGCAAAAGGGCGUGUCCAUCAUGAAGCAGAUGGCGAAGAAGUAUCGUUCGCGAAUCAGUUUCGUGCUGGCGGACGCGGAGAAACUUGCACGAUUUCGCGAAUACAUCGGGUGUACGGACGGCAGGCGUUUUGCGAUCCAUGUGCUUGGCGAGGAUAGCAAUUUCAUUUACGACGGUGCAACCGACGAGGCGUCCAUCGAAAAAUUCAUCUCGGAUUAUCUCGAUGGUAAGCUGCAGCCGACGCUACGCUCCGAGGAGCCUCCAGCAGAGAACACGGGUCCCGUACAGGUUGUUGUAGGCAAAACCUGGGAUCAAAUCGUCAUGGACCCGGAGAAAGACGUCUUUGUGGAACAGUAUGCUCCCUGGUGUGGACACUGUCGCAAUCUGGAACCAGCAUAUGAAGAACUUGCACGCAAACUAGCACCAGUGAAAACCGUGGUCAUCGCCAAGAUGGAUGCGACGAAAAACGAUGCGCCUGGCGAGUACAAAGCUCGCGGUUUCCCGACGCUGCUCUUCUUCCCAGCAGGUUCGACAAAAAAAUCCAUUCGAUAUGAGGGUGAUCGUUCCGUUGCGGACAUGCUUUCGUUCAUCCAGAAACAUGCGACGCACAAGUUCACGCUCCCGAGCAGCGCGGACUCGAUAGAAACAGAAAAGGACGAAUUAUAA